AAAAGAGGUAUUAAAAUGAAUAUGCAAGGCAGCACGGAUCACGUGGCUUUGCGCUUUCCUCGCCGCUCAGCAGGUGGCGCCAAAUCCAACACAGUGACGUCAGAGACUCAGGCCUCAGUUCAGUCUGCAGGUCGUGAGUUUGUUAUCACCUGGAUGGCAGGAAUCAUCAUGCAACACCAGGAGCAUCACAUCAUGUUCAUGGACUUCUGUGAGGACAGACACUCUCUGCUGGAGGACGAUAGUCCCACAGAGAUGAUGAUGAUGAUGAAGAAGGAACACAAGGACGCAGAGCUGGAUAAAAAGAUCGAGGCCUUACGGAAGAAAAACGAAGCACUUAUGAAACGCUACCAGGAAGUGGAGGAGGAUAAAAAGCGUGCGGAACAGGAAGGAAUGUCACUCCACAGCAGGAAGGGAAAGACUGAUGAUCUGUCCAUCACCAUCAACAAAUCCUCUAACGAUCAGCGUGUGGUGACCAAGCGCUCGGGGCCCGGAGGACUGAGGGACGGAGAGCAGGAGAAGGAUCCGGGAUCAAGCGUCUUCAGCAUCGGGAGAGGAAAGAGACGGCAGCUGCUCGUCACAACGUCAGGAAACAUCAAGGGGGAGGGUGUUCGGCGAAAGAAAGGACAGAAACCGUCCCGUGAGUCCAGCGAGGUUGAAGUCCUGUGCAGAGGAAGAGCUGGAGUCCAACAACACACGAGGAACACAGCGAGCUCAGUCUGCAAAGAGAGUCCCGGAGUCUUUAGCUCGGGACCAUUGUCUCUCAUCUGUGUGUUUGUUCAGGACGACGCAGAAAAACCAGAUCAAUGGAGUCGAUGUGAGGACUCGUAUGUCGUCCCGGUCACAGAAGCCGUCGCUGACCUGAACCUCGUCACAUCCAAAGAAGAGCAGCUGGAGUAUCUGCGGUGGAAGAAGGAGCGCGAGGAGAUCGACCGCGAGCGCGUGGCACGGCACAAAAACGCUAAAGGCCAGUGGAGGAGAGCCUGGGACAUGGAGAAGACCGAUCUGAUGUUCUCUGAAAAGGAACAUGGAGGUCGAAACACCAGAAGAGGAAAUAUGAAAGCAGAAGAAUCCAGAGGUGGACAGCAGGCGUCAGACAGGAAGAGGAAGUGUGUUCCAGUGGUGGGCAGUAAAGCGAAGGGUAAAGACCGUCUGACGGGUCGAGCGAGGAGGUGGGAUGCUAAAGAGCAGGAGGAGCAUUUGCAGGUGUAUCCAGAGAGCAGUUUGCAGGAGUUUUUAGAGGAACUCGACGCUCUUUGUGCUCCUGAGGUGGAGAACAUCAAUCCAGAGACUGACAUUGAAAACACAAAGCCACGUGCAUCUAAAGACUCAUUCAAAACGACCGAAGUCAAGCCCCCCGAUGGCACGGAAGAGCAGAAUGGAUGUGUCUCUACAGAAUCCGCUCUCAAGGCCACCGAGAAAAAGGUCCGGUUUUCUGAAAUCCACGACAAGAAUGGCACAGAAACAACUUUACAGGUCAAGAACAGCCCUGUAGAAGACGACAGACGAACACUGGCGCGAGAUCACAGCGAAUGUGUCCCGGAGGAGACAAAACCGGUCUCUCCAGAGCAGGAAAACCCUGUGGAUAAGCUGAAUCCGCUCACUGAAGGAAGCGAAGAGUUGUGUCCCAAAGCCGGAGAUGUUCGUAUAUCGGCAGAACCUGACGAGAACCAACCUGUUGAACACAGCAAGAGCUGCUCAAACAGAGGGAACGAAGAGCUGAUGGACUCGAGUCUGUCUGUCCUGAAUCUGGAGCCGGCCGAGUCUCUUCCUGACCACAGCACCGGUGCUGAUCUGGCCAGAGAGAAUGGGAAAGUGGUUUAGACAGGAAAUGAUGUCACUCACAUCUGGAGCGAAACGUCACGCACUAAAACCAAAACAAACAGAAGAACGAACACAUCACUUGCUUAUGUUUCUGACUGACUGGGGCCUGUCUGAGUCGCUGCUCACGAGCUUCUGUGUUUGGAGUAUUUUGGGGGGCGUUUGAGCGUCGUGUUGUUUAUUGGAUGCUGAAAACACUGGUUGUGAUUGUUCUGCUUAGUUUAUCUUCUCGUAGGUGAAAGAUUGUUAACGCUUCAACGCACAGUUAACCUUCUUCUGAGCCACCAAACCCAAAGUUCAGAUGGAUUUGGGGGAUCUUUGGUGGGAUUUCAGUGUAACCUA